GAAUGAAUAUCUAACUUUUCCAUUACAGGCUCCAUCGUGACGCCAGUAUAAUGUUUUGAAUUAUUUGAACUAUAGCACGAACUAAGAGUACCGGAAAUAACGCAAUUGAAUUAAGAAGUAAGACACAAGCACAAACGAAUGUAUUGUAUUUGGAAUUCGAAAUCGAGCACUCAACAAGUACAAGGGUAUUAUUAGUUCGUUCAAACACCACAGAUUCCUGGUUUAUAUUAUAGUUCAAAUACUUCAAAAUAUCACAACAGCUCUAAACAAAAUACUGACGUAAUAUAGGUAAAUAAAGGGUCAAAAAUAUAUAUAUUACGCACAAAGAUAAACAAAGAAAUGUAGUACAACUAAAAUCGAUAAAUAAAAGCUUUUCUUGCAAAUAAACACGUACUAGAAUUCUCUUUCACUGUAGCGAGUCAGUCUAUUGUAGCACUGUUUCCUUACACUGAUACUGAACAGUACUAGUAGAAUGUUUGCUUAUUGUUAUCAAAUGAAAAGCUACUAUAUUAAGUCUAGUCAUCUGUUCUGUUUCAACGACCACAACUAAAUGUUAACUAUUGACCUGAGUUACGUUCAGAACCCCAAGAAUCUUACUAUGUCCUGGAUAACCUAAGAAUUAUUCAUUGACGCAGUAAUGAUAGUAAAUAAGUCUUACCACGACAACCUUUUUACAAUACAUAAAGAAAAGAGAUAUAACACCAGGGAUUCAAAGAAAUACCUCAACCACUAUAAUCAUCAGGUCCACUGUGACCGAUAUUACAUGGGUUUAUAUUUUAUUUUCAUUGGAUUAUCUCAGCGUCAUUAGCAAAGUACUCAUGGGGUCCCGUUGUAACUAAUAAGUGUUCAGAGCUUUAUUCCGUUGCCUAACAGAAACGAGGUUGCGAGCGUCAUAAUACAUGAUGCAGUCUAGUUCCAAACGCUACUUUCUGUUACUAAUGUUUUAAUGGACCUUACAUUGACUUCUUUCCUAAAAUCAUGCUGUAGAUGAUAGGAUGUGAUGCACUUCAGCAUCGUAUUUAAAGAUGUACGUCUAUCGAAAUUAAGAAUGGAUUUCAUGCCUUUAUACCCGACAUUUACCCAAUAAAUCAAAGUGAAAAUAUCCGAAAUGCUAGGUAAUGCAAUAUGUUAAAGAAUAUUUUAAAACGGCUAUCCUAACAUAUAGAUGAUAUAAGAGUAUCAUUGAAUUCUGUGCGUCUGUGAUAGUAAAAGGUCUAACUUCAGAAAUCCAUUGUUAAUAGCUUGUCUGAUAGUUUGUAGUUAAACUUAGCGGAGUGACUCAUUUCUGCCUUCAUCUAAAAAGAUACACAAACCGACAAAUAACUGUCGAGUUGACUAUAACUAGUGCAGUUCAAAGGUUAGGCUAUCACAUAGGAUUUUACUGAAGACCUGGAAGCAAAACAAGGAGUUAGUGAAAAGAAAUAAUUUGACUAACACCGGCUGAUUAUAAAGAUAUUCGAUAUUGAUUAAUGUAAUUUCAGAGCAUAAGUCCUUGAUGAAUGCAAGAAAUAUGUACCUACCGCCCAAUAACCUUUUGUUUUGUGACUUUCUUGGGUAUUAAAUAGUUAGUAAACAAGCAAGCCGAGCUUAACAUGUUGAAAUCAUAACUGAAAGGCAUCGGAAAGCUCAGUAUCAAGAACUAACACUUCAUUUGAACAAGUUCAAGCUUGGAACACCAGUAGAUCUCUUUAACUUAAAAGCACUUGAAUCAUUUUAUAGUAGCGGGACAUGAUAAAAUAUACCGAAGGGCAUUCAAUAUUACUAAUAAGCAAGUUGUUGUUCAUUUUGACAGAAGCGUUUCGGAAGCCCCACAUGACAGUGCAUGUAAUUUCUGCCACACCUUCACCUCCGGGCUGUAGAAAUUAAGCGGACCAUGAGGAGCUCUCAGUUUUCCUGAAGUGUAUUAGUCGACCCUGUCUUAUCUGGAAUCAUCACCACUGUCAAACUGUGCGGCCCCCAUUAUGAAGUCGAGGAGCCUUCUCUUAUGUAUCAUGUGCCGCACUGUUAUAUUGGCAUUCUUACUGCUUAUACUUUGAAACGGGAAUCGCUGGAAUUCCCACAAUUCAAAGUCAGAACAUGAAAGACUUGUGCAGUCAAGAUUCAUCGCCUUACCGAAAACAAAACUCUUAAAGUCACACUAUCAUGAGACCAAAAUACAAUCAUUCACACACUGAUUUUUACACAUACUUUAUAAUAACACAUAUGUAGUGUUGCUGUAAAAACGCAUACUGAAUACAGUUCGCCCGAAUUGAUAACAGGAUUGUAAUUGUCAAUAAGUGAAAGUUACAUCCGUGUCGCUUAUUACUUAUUCUUGAAACAAACAACAAUUACAAUUCUCACGACCCAAAGUAAGAACACGGAAGACUAGUACUAACGAAGACCUGUUAUGAUGAUUAGAAGUAUUUGAAUUAUAGUACGAACUAAGAAUCCCAGAAAUAACGUAAUUGGAUCAAGAAGUACUAGAUAAGCACGAACGAAUGUACUAUAUUCGGAACUCAAAAUCAAGCAUUCAACAAGUACAAAGGAAUCACUAGUUCAUUCAAACACCACACCUAUCCACCCAAAAAACACUACGAUGACCUCAGUAUAAAAUACACUCAUCUAUAUAUAGAUUUGUACAUGCACUUGAUUAUUAAUUAGGGAAAAGUUACAUACCAUAAUAAAGCCCAGAAUUAUGACAAACCGCAUGCUGCAUAUCAUGCUGAACAUAAUUCAUAUCAAUUUAAUACAAAGAAUAUCAUAUCUUAAACAAACACCACACUGAAACAAAUCAAAGUUACAUUAAAUAAAAUAUCACACUGAAAAUAAAACAAGUGUUACACUGAAUAAUCACCAUAGUGAAUUAAAUUUGGAAGUAAUGUUGAGCCAGAAUAAUAAUGAGUUAGAAAUGUAAUUUACUUUUUCAUCCCGUCAUAUCAAAAGUUCACACUUUUAAGUCUAGAAAAUGUUUAUAUUGAACUGAUACAAAACGUUUUGACUUACAUAUCAUCAACUUAUCGCGUCAUAUAACUUCACAGUCUAGAAUUAAUCUCAAAAAGUUGUGAUACUGUAAGUUUGGUAUGCGUGCUAUACAGAACUUUGAGUCCUUUCGAGAAUACCUGAAAAUACAGCAAGGAAUAUCUCUAAAGAAACCAGAUGAAGCUGUUUAACGUUUUUAAUAUUUGAAAACCUGAUUCUGCUUCACCUUGGGGAUUCUGUAUUCGAGGGGGAAGAGAUUUUGAUCAACCACUUAUUAUAUCUUCUGUGAGUCUUGGAAGUCUGGCAGAUAUCAGUGGCUUACGUACUGGAAUGCGUGUUUUAUCUAUUGGCGGUGAUCCUACUAGCAAAAUGACUCACCAACAAGCUAUUCAAGCAAUUAUACGUUGCUCCAAUGAUCUGGAAAUGGAGGUCUAUGAUACUGGUUUAAAUAAUUCUGGCUAUUCUACACCACUUCAUCAAAUGAACAUGUCUAUAACACAAUCAUCACUAAGUAUUGAACUUCAUAAACCAACAGAACCACUAAAACCGCAAACAGUUAUAUCUAAACUUGUUCAUAUUGGUACAAAUCCAAUAAUAACUCGUUCUCAUUCACCUAAUGGAAUAACAAUAAGAUCAUACAGUCCAAACUCAACUACACUACAUAAUCGGAUAUUGGCUGAAAAACUAGAUUCAAAUCGUACAUCACCAAUUUACACACCACAAAAUAAUAUAAGUUUAAAGUCAUGUUAUUCAUCAUCCUAUAAUCUGUGUAAAUAUAGCACGAUGAAUCAACCACAGCCUAAUAUCAAAAUUAACGCAAAACCAGAUAAUUCUUUACUAAGAGGAGUGAUACGUUCAAAAGAUUUUAAAAUUAAUCCUAUAUGUCAUGUAUGUCAACAACAAAUACACGGACCAUUUAUCGAUACGAAUGACAGAUGCUUUUGUCCAAAUCAUUUCAUAUGUGAUUAUUGUCAUCGACCACUAAACGAAGAUGGUUUUGCUGAACAGAAUGGAAAAUUAUACUGUGAAGAAGAUUUUAAACAAUAUAUUGCUUAUAAAUGCACCAAGUGUAAUUUACCAAUUAUUGGUCAAAUUAUCAAAGCAAUAAAUCGAACAUGGCAUCCAUAUUGUUUCACUUGUUAUUACUGUCAAAAACCAUUAGAUGAUAUAUUUCAUGUAGAAGAUGAUAAUCGUGUAUUAUGUGAAGAACAUUGGAAACAAUUUCAUGAGAUCGAAUGUGCGAAGUGUAAACAAUCCAUUUCAGAGAUCGACCGUUUUAUUCAAGCUUGUGGAAAACAAUAUCAUGCAAGAUGUUUUAGUUGUGCUGCAUGUCAAAAACCCCUUGAAGGUAAACCAUUUCAUACUAGAAAUCAAAAACCUUUCUGUCUCAUACAUGCGAAUGCAGUCGCACUAUUUGGUUGAAUAAAUAAUCUUAAUAAUUUUAAAGAAUUGAAUGACGGUGACCUGCGUUAUCUACCGUUCAGUGUUGGUUUUCCCAGAAGUAUUUUAAUUGUAUUGAAAAUGGAAUUAGAUGGUUGUUAUAUCACGCUAGUCAGGAAAAUCAGCAUAUAUUUGUGUAUUGUCCUUUGAAAUGGUUGAAUCCUUUAGAAAAUCCUUUAGAAAAUUGACCCUUAUAUUUUUGCACAAACACUGAUAUAUUGAUGACUGUCCAUCGUUUCAACCCAAUCAUUCAACUUUUGUGUGAAAUUUAUAAAUUAAGUUUCAGAUUAGCUUACCUUUCAUAUAGAAAUAACAUGAUUAGUAUUUUUAGUAUGCAUUUUGAAUAUUUUUAGUAAAAGUAAAACAAUUUGUCAUG